UCCUGAUAAAAAAGAAAUGGAGAAAGUAGCAGAAGAGGAAGAAUACAAGUUCUACUCAUGGAAAGAGAAAAAGAGAAGAAAAGAGUUAAGCCUCUCUUGCAUGUUAAACACUGAACUUAGUGCUGUCCUUGCUGUGAUUAGACGGCCACAAGGUUCCACAGGUUCCAUGCUUCCCCAUGAAGAUAGCUUCGACAUUAGCAUUCUCCAAUCUUUGAAAUCCCUACGAGCUCUCAUCUUCAAUCCUCAGCAAGAAUGGAGGACAAUAGAUCCUUCAGUUUAUAUCUCCCCGUUUCUUGAUGUGAUACAAAGUGAUGACAUCCCUGCCAUGGCUACGAACGUUGCUCUCUCAGCCAUUUCAAAGAUUCUCAAGCUCCAUAUCUUCGAUGAAAAGACCCCCGGAGCCAAAGAAGCUAUUAACUCCAUCGUGACAGGGAUUACAAGUUGUCGCCUGGAGAGAACAGACCCUGUCACUGAAGAUGCAAUCAUGAUGAGAAUUCUACAGGCUUUAACAGCUACCAUCAAACACAAGGCGUCAAUCUUGCUCGCAGAUCAUGCUGUUUGCACCAUUGUUAAUACAUGUUUUCAUGUUGUCCAAAAAUCCGCAAAUAGAGCUGAUUUGCUUCAACGUGGUGCAAGGUAUGCAAUGAGGGAAAUGAUAGAGGUUAUCUUUGCGAGAUUGCAAGAUGUAGAGGUGAAACUUGGCGAGGAGUCUGAGUCUGAUACGGAGGAUAUUGACAUUGACAGCAAUAUGGAUUCGGGAUAUGGAGUUCGUUGUGUGGUUGAUAUUUUUCACUUCUUGUGCUCUUUGCUUAACGUGGAAGAAGUUGUAGAGGUCGACGGGGUCUCAUCUCGUACAAUUGAUGAGAAUGUUCAAAUUUUCGGAUUGAUUUUGAUAAAUUCUGCUGUAGAGUUGAGUGGAGAUACCAUUGGGAAGCAUCCAAAGCUUUUGAGAAUGAUCCAAGAUGACUUGUUUCAUCAUUUGAUUCAUUAUGGAGUUUCUUCAAGUCCGCUUAUGCUAUCUAUGAUUUGCAGUACUGUUUUGAGUAUCUAUCACUCUCUUCGAAGGUUCAUUCGUGUUCAACUAGAAGCAUUUUUCGAGUUUGUACUGUUGAAAGCUGCAGCCACAGGAAGUUCAUAUCAACUUCAAGAAGUUGCACUUGAAGGAAUUAUAAAUUUUGUUAGACAACCAAGUUUCAUUGUUGAAAUGUAUGUGAACUAUGACUGUGAUCCCAUUUGUCGAAAUAUAUUUGAGGAAAUUGGGAAAUUGCUUUGCAAGCUCUCCUUUCCAGGGUCUAGCCCUUUGAGCUCUAUGCAAGUUCAAGCUUUUGAAGGGUUGCUAAUCACAAUUCACAACAUUGCAGAUAAUGUCGACAAUGAAGAUGAUUCAAGCCCUUCUGGACCAUACCCUGUUGAAAUUACUGAGUAUAGACCAUUCUGGGAAGAAAAGCCUAAUGAAGAAUUAGAUACUUGGGUGGAAUAUUUAAGAUUCAGAAAAGCACAAAAAAAGAAAAUAUUGAUUGCAGGGGACCAUUUCAAUCGAGAUGAAAAGAAAGGUUUAGAGUAUCUAAAGAUUUGUCAAUUGGUUUCUGAUCCAGCAGAUCCAAAAGCCUUUGCUGUCUUCUUUCGCUAUACACCAGGACUAGAUAAAAGCAUUAUUGGCGAUUAUCUAGGUGAUCCUGAUGAGUUUCACAUGCAGGUUCUUAAGGAAUUCACAGAAACUUUCAAAUUUUCUGGCAUGAUUCUUGAUACUGCUCUUCGUACUUAUCUUGCAACCUUCAGAUUGCCAGGGGAGUCCCAAAAGAUUCAGCGCAUCCUUGAAGCAUUCUCCGAGAGGUUUUAUGAUCAACAAUCUUCUGAUACUUUUGCUACUAAGGAUGCAGUUUUCAUUCUUUGCUACUCUCUUAUUAUGCUCAAUACCGAUCAACACAAUCCUCAAGUCAAGAAAAAGAUGACAGAGGAUGAGUUCAUCAGGAACAAUAGAGCAAUAAAUGCAGGGCAAGAUCUUCCUAGAGAGUAUCUCUCUGAGCUUUUUCAUUCAAUUGCAACUAAUGCAAUCACACUUUUUGGUCAAUCUGGUCCAGUGGAGAUGAACCCAGGUAGUUGGAUUGAGCUAAUGAAUCGAUCCAAAGUUAUCCAUCCAUUAAUCCUGUGUGAUUUUGAUCGCCGGCUAGGGAGAGAUAUGUUUGCAUGCAUAGCUGGUCCAUCAGUUGCAGCAAUUUCUUCCUUUUUUGAGCAUGCUGAUGAUGAUGAAAUGUUGCAUGAAUGCAUCGGAGGAUUGAUUUCUGUAGCCAGAGUGGCUCAGUACGAUCUGGAAGAUAUCCUUGAUGAGCUCCUCGCUUCUUUCUCUAAAUUCACCACAUUACUAAAUCCAUAUGCCUCUGCAGAAGAAACAUUAUUUGCUUUUAGUAAUGAUUUGAAGCCAAGAAUGGCUACUCUUGCAGUUUUCACUAUUGCCAACAACUUUGGAUACUCGAUUAGAGGGGGUUGGAGGAACGUUGUGGAUUGCUUAUUGAAACUCAAAAGGCUUAAGCUUCUUCCUCAAUCUGUGAUUGAAUUUGAUGAAACUUCUACCUCAUCUGAUGGCCUAAGACACAAGAGAAACGAAUCAGGUAUAUCACCCUCUUAUGAUCCUAAAUUCGGUUGUCGUCGGAGUUCUGGCAUGGUUAGUCGUUUCUCACAUUUCCUAACACUAGAGAGCAUGGAAGAUUCAAUAUCUCUCGGGAUGAGUGAAUUUGAGCAGAACCUGAAGAUCAUUAAACAAUGUCGAAUUGGCAGCAUCUUCAACAAUAGUUGUAACUUACCUGAUGAUGCAAUGCUGAAUCUUGGGCGUUCUUUGAUAUUUGCAGCUGGUGGAAAAGGCCAAAAAUUCAGCACUCCAAUAGAAGAGGAAGAGACAGUAGGGUUCUGCUGGGAUUUGAUCGUUGCCAUUUCUUUUGUCAACAUUAAUAGAUUACAUAAUCUUUGGCCUUCCUUCCAUGAGAAUCUACUGGGAGUUGCUCAGCUUCCUCUAUUUUCACCAAUCCCAUUUGCUGAAAAGGCCAUUGUAGGCCUUUUCAAGAUUUGUGUCAGGCUUCUUUCUUCCCCCCGAGCUGAAAGACUCCCAGAAGAGAGCAUUUUCAAAUCCAUAAAUUUAAUGUGGAAACUUGAUAAAGAAAUUCUCGACACGUGUUGCGAGUUCAUAAUAAAGUCUGUUAGCAAGAUUCUCACAGAAUACCCUGCAAAUUUACAAACCAUUCUUGGUUGGAAAUCAUCUCUUCAUCUGUUGUCUGUCACUGGUAGACACCCAGAAACAUAUGAACUAGGUGUCAACACUUUUAUCACACUGAUGUCUGAUGCAACCUACGUUUCGCGGAUAAACUAUGCCUAUUGUGUUGAUUGUGCGUUUGGUUUUGUUGCACUCAAGAACAGUCCAUUAGAGAAGAAUCUGAAGAUCUUAGACAUUCUAUCAGAUUCUGUGAAUUUACUGACCCAAUGGUGCAAAGACUACUCAGACUCAGGGAGCAAUUUUAGCAUUGCAAGCAGUACAAGUAAUUCCUCAAUGGAUGAUAGCUCCAAAGGUUUUACUACUCCCAACUUUGCUAUGAAUUUAUUCAUUAAACUAGGAGAGGCAUUUAGAAAAACUAGCUUGGCACGAAGAGAAGAGAUAAGAAACCAUACAAUCUUAUCUCUGCAGAAAAGCUUUUCUUUGGCUGAAGAACUUGAUUUCUCACCUCUCAACUGUAUCAACUGUUUUAACUUAGUGAUAUUUGCAAUGGUUGAUGACUUGCAUGAAAAGAUGGUAGAGUAUUCAAGGCGUGACAAUGCAGAAAAAGAGAUGAGAAGUAUGGAAGGGACUUUGAAGCUUGCAAUGGAACUCCUGACAAGUGUGUACUUGCAGUUCCUGAAGCCAAUAACAAUGAGUCCUGGGUUUAGAACAUUCUGGCUAGGAGUAUUAAGAAGAAUGGAUACAUGUAUGAAGGCUGAUUUGGGUGAUUAUGGGGAAACAAAAUUGCAAGAAGUAGUACCUGACCUACUAAGAAAGAUUAUUACGAAGAUGAAGGAAGAAGAGAUUUUAGUGCCCAAGGAAGACGAUGAUUUAUGGGACAUUACCUACAUUCAGAUACAAUGGAUAGCUCCUUCUCUAAAGGAGGAACUGUUUCCUGAUUUAGAAAUUUAAAAGAACAUGAAAGGGCAGUUGAUAAUGUUAAAAUGUUACGUGAGAAAUAGCAAAAGAGUA